AUGCCAUUGAACCAUUUAGGUUGUUUUAGGCGCCCAAGGCGUAUGCGACCUGUAAAAUGCCUUUUUACGGUGUUCGAGUCGGUCGUGGCAUCGGCGUCUUCUCGAGUUGUAAUUGGGUCCGAGUGCCAAGACCUUGUAAAGGGCUACUCUGGAGCUUGCUUUAAGAAAUUUACUUCCUACGAUGAAGCUAUAAAGUUUAUUGAAGCUGGACAUAAGGUCGGAACCGUACUCUCGAAAAAGCGAAGGAUUGAAAGCAUGAAUGACGACCUGGAUGGUCGAGAUCCAUUACCGACCAAGUUAUCUCCUGAAGAGCAUUACAUCAGUAGCAACCAUGUUCCAAGCACUCUGACAUUUUAUCAUGAUGCAUCAUGCCCGCGACGUGUGAUGGUCUAUACUGAUGGUUCAUGUAACGGUGCACAUGAUGAACGUCGUGCUGGUUAUGGUGUUUACUGGGGGCCCAAUCAUCCAUGGAAUGUCUCUGAGCGUUUGGAAGGAGAGCAAACAAAUAAUAGAGCAGAAAUUGAGGCGGUGAUAUGUGCAAUUAAACAGGCACACAUUGGUGGUAUUACUCAUUUGGGAAUAGUUACUGAUAGUAAAUUCACUCAAAACUGUGCAACAGAAUGGGGUCAACGAUGGGCGCGAAAUGCUUGGAAAUUAGCCAAUGGUGAAGAUGCUAAAUUAAAAGAACCAGUUAAACGAUUACUUGGAGUUAUCGCUGAAUCAGGAAUUGAAAUAAUUUGGUACCAUGUUCGUGGUCAUCAAGGUGUACAUGGUAAUGAAGAAGCAGAUUCGUUGGCUAAUAUUGGUUCUAGUGGAGACGGUCGGUAUUUUGUACGAGAAUCAUUACAAAGUAUCAUUAUCCCAAUAUGUUUAGCUAAUGGGGUAUCUGAAUUGUUUGUUGGUCAAAAUGGAAUCCUGUCAACUCCAGCUGCAUCAUUCAUAAUUCGUAAGCAUCAAUUGAAUGGUGGUAUUCUUCUAACAGCUAGUCAUAAUCCUGGUGGACUAAAUGCAGACUUUGGUAUUAAGUACAAUUGUGGGAAUGGUGGACCAGCACCGGAGAAAUUAACAGAUGCUAUUUUUGCACAAAGUGAAAAAUUGACUUCUUAUAAAACUGUUAAAGAAUCAUUAAAUAUUCAGUUGGACUGUAUUGGUUCAACGAAAUAUACUUUAUCCAAUGGCCAAACUCCCAUAGUAACGAUCAUAAGCAGUGUUUCUGAUUAUGCCGAUUACAUGCGCACAUUGUUCGAUUUUGAUGCUAUUAAAACACUAUUGACUGGUUCACAUCAGCGUGAACCAUUUAAAUUGCUUGUCAGUGGUCUUAACGGAGUCAUGGGGCCUUACAUUCAUGAGAUAUUAUGCAAUCAACUUGGAUUAAAUUCAGAGUUAGCUAUUAAAUCUCAACCGUUAGAAGAUUUUGGCGGUGGUCAUCCUGAUCCAAAUUUGACUUAUGCGGCAGAUCUUGUCCAAGUGAUAGUGGCUGACUCAUCAAUUGCAAUGGCAGCCGCUUUUGAUGGUGAUGGUGAUCGAAAUAUGUUGAUUGGUCGACACGGUUUUUUUGUAUCACCAUGUGAUUCGUUAGCUGUGAUUGCAGAUAAUACAGAUUGUAUUAAAUAUUUUCAAAAGAAUGGUGUUCAUGGAUUUGCACGAAGUAUGCCUACCAGUAGGGCACUUGAUCUUGUAUGUAAAAGUCGAUCAAUGCAGUGUUACGAAGUUCCAACAGGAUGGAAAUUUUUCGGUAAUUUAAUGGAUGCUAAAUUAUGCUCUUUAUGCGGUGAAGAAAGUUUUGGCACUGGUUCUGAUCAUAUACGUGAAAAAGAUGGUUUAUGGGCAUUACUUGCAUGGUUGUCUAUUUUGGCUAAACGUAGUCAAAUUGGUUUGCCAGUAGAUGUCGAGUCAAUUGUAAUGGAACAUUGGAAGAAAUACGGAAGAUAUUUUUUCACUAGAUACGAUUAUGAAAAUUGUGAAUCAAGUCAAGGUGAUGAAAUUAUAAAUGAAUUAAAGAAACUAACUGAUAAUAAUAGAAUAUCAGGUCAUGUGUAUACCACUGUCAGUGGACGACAGUUCGUUUGUGAUUUUUGUGAUAAUUUUUCAUAUGUGGAUCCAGUUGAUGGAAGUCACACUACAAACCAAGGUUUUCGCUUAAUUUUUAAUGAUGGAACACGCUUUGUGUAUCGUUUAAGUGGUACAGGCAGUAGUGGUGCAACACUUCGAGUGUAUGUUGACACUUAUGAAUCAGAUCCGGCUAAACAUACAAUUGCUUCACAGGAAUAUCUGAAACCGCAUAUUGAAUUAGCAUUGGAAUUAUGCGGUGUAACUAAAAUCACUGGUCGAAUAGUUCCAAAUUUACCCAUUAAUUCGCCCAGUCGUCGUAAGUCAUCCAAAUCUAGUGAGGUUUGUCUUGAUUCAGAACAUCGUACAGUACAUUUUAAUCAAAUGGUUAAUGAAGACCAUUCAUCUAGUAGUAAUUUAUCAACCACAAUUUCUUCAAAUCCUCAUACAUUGCAUGUUGCAAGAAAAGUCAGCUUUUCUGAUCUACCUUUAGUGAUUAACGUCGAAGAGCGUCAACUAGACGGCUUACAUCAAUCCUGUAUCACUACUGAGGACAAAGUUAUCUACGGUGAAGAUGAUGAUUCCGGUCAUCAUAUUGAAGUCCGCCUACUGAAUCGAGAUAUCGAUGAAAUGCCGACCUUGCCAUCAGAAUUGAAAAAUAAACCUGUAUUUGAAAUAAAACUUGGGAUGCUUAAACAAGCGACAGUUUAUCGGACAGAAUUUACAAUACCGGAUAAUUUGAAGUCAGGUGAAUUGGAAAUUCUACGAACUGUUACAGAAAUGGAUGGUCAUGUUGGUGUACCAGUUAAUGUCGGUGCUUCAUUUAAUUUACUAAGCUGUGAACCUAUCCCUUCACCUGGUCACGGUCAUAUAAUAAUUAUGGAGAUUUCAACUACAAAACAAUCACGUGUCAAUGAGUUAAUCACAUUACGUCGAGUCGAAACUAUAACAGAUGCUGUUUGUCUACUUUUGCAUGGUAUUUCUUUAGCUAAAGGACAAGGUACUCCACUUCUACGUUCUGGUAUACAUCGAAUUACUGAGAAUCAAGAUUAUAUUGAUUCGGAUGAUUAUACUGAAUGGCCUGGUUAUGUGCAUACAGAGGAUGAUGAUGACCAGGAGGAAGAAAGUUGUGGUGUGGAGAAGGCGAAAACUACUCUUGUGGCAACUGAGAAUAUCGAUGCUAAUCAAGGUGAUGAUAAUGACGAUGAAUCACCGUAG